AUGAGUCCGACAGACAGUAAUGCUUCUUCAGAUCCAUCCAAGUCGACUCGGGAGGAUGCCCCAGCAAAAGAUGUGCGCCAGUCAGACCAGCGACAUCGCGCGACCAACGCUCCUCAACUCUCUGGUACGUAUCCCCCAGCGCCGUGGAUGGUAUCGUAUCCUGCAUACUCAACAUGGUCGCCUCCAGGCACGGAUCCCCCCUGGCAGACUGCGACUCCCUCGGACAGCGAGAUGUAUCCCUAUCCGGAACAACCCUACAUGACGCCCGGUCGACACGAGCCGUCCUCCGCCUUGAACAUGGGCGACAUGCAGUCGUCGAUGCCCGCCUACCAGCAUCGGCCGAUGUUCUUCGAGCACCACGCCAUCCCCCAUCAUUACAUCGCCCCGAACCCGGCCCAGGGCCCGAUCUACCCCGUCCACCCCAUGUCACCCUACGCCGCCCCAGCGCCCAACACCGGCAUGACCUUUACGACCUCCUACCAGAACUUCUAUCAACCGUACUAUCCGCAGCAGCAUCCGAACUCGCCCAUGCACCAUACGCCGCACGCCUAUCCGUCGCAAGUCGCCAGCUCGCAGAUGCACGUGGGCGUCCCGCUGAUGAACCAGUCCGGCGGCUAUGCGCACGGCUACUACCCCCCGCCGGUGUACAUGUCCUCGCGGCAGGGACAGAAAUCGGCGCCGCCAGACCCGUCGGGACAGACGCACCCGCGCACAUCGACCUCCAGCAAGCAGACGACGUCCAAACCGCAAAGCGCGCCGCCUCGCACCGACCCGAAACUGGAGUAUGAUGUCUCCAAGACGAUUGUGGACGGAUCGACGCCGAUGAGGAGCGCGCCGGCUACAUCUCCUUCGAAAGCCCGAGGCCCGCUCCGGAAACCGAAACAGUCCGGCCAUGCCUUGUGGGUGGGCAAUCUCCCCUCUGGCACGAACAUCGUCGAUCUGAAGGAUUACUUCGCCCGCGAGAUGAACAAAGACCUCGAGAGCGUGUUCCUCAUCUCGAAGAGCAACUGCGCCUUUGUCAACUACAAAUCCGAGAGCGCCUGUCUCGCGGCGCUGGCGAGAUUCCACGACUCCCGCUUCCAGGGGGCGCGGCUCGUCUGCCGCUUGCGCCGCGCAGACCUGACGCCCGGGUCUGCGCCUGACGGGAUGGACUUUUCCGCUACGACUUCGCUCCGCGGCGGAGACGGCGAGGACGGCACCACGACGGAUCAGGCCGAGUCUCGGAGCGCAGAGAGAAAUGUGGAGGAGAGACGGUCUGAUGUACGGGUGCCGAAUCGAUACUUUAUUGUCAAGAGCUUGACGGUGGAGGAUCUCGAGCACAGUCGGCGGAGCGGAGUCUGGGCGACGCAGUCGCACAAUGAAAUUGCCCUGAACGAGGCAUACGAGACGGCCGAUAAUGUCUACCUGAUCUUCUCCGCGAACAAAUCCGGCGAAUACUACGGCUACGCGCGAAUGAUGUCGCCAAUCCAAGCCGACGAGACCCUCGCACUACAAGCGCCCCCCCGACCCGAGAACAUCCCCACGGAACCCGAACCCUUGAGCGUGACGUCCACGCCGGCCAGCGCCACGGCGCCGAACGGGCGGAUCAUCGAUGACCCGGCGCGCGGCACGAUCUUCUGGGAGGCCGACACGUCGGAGGAGGAAGACGACGGCCGCAGCGAGAAGAGCGCGGGAGGCGACGUGGUGGAAGAGCCGGCCGAGUCCGGGUUCCAGUCGAUUGGGGGCCCGUUCCGCAUCCAGUGGUGCUCGACCGAACGAGUGCCCUUCCACCGCACCCGCGGCCUGCGCAACCCCUGGAACGCGAAUCGCGAGGUAAAGAUCGCGCGCGACGGCACCGAGAUCGAGCCGAGCGUGGGCGAGCGGCUGAUCCAGCUGUUCCAUACGCCGCACGCUGGGUGA